UGCCGCCGAUACCACACUGGAGCGGAAACGGGCACGCCCACCAAGCGCAGCCACCACCACCGAUUCCCGUCCAAUGGAGCCGUCCGCCGGAGCCCACUGUCCACGCCCAGCCGAAGCACAGAAGGUCUGGCUGGCACCAUCAGCCACGGCACAAUGCGCGCGUCAGCGGUGCCGCAGCGCAUCGAUAUCCUGAUCACCCCCGCCCACAAACGCUGCCCCCGUCACAGGUUCCAUCUGACGUAUCGGCCGAGCCCGGCACUCGAGCAGUUGGGCGCUUCCAACACGUGAUGUAUCCCGUUGGGUCGGUUCCGAUCCAGAUUGCACGAGGUGGGGAAACAUUCGCGCGAGUGGCGCAGCCGCGGAAGAGGGAGAAGGGAAUGCGGCGGGUCCUGGAUCCGAUGCAAGCAACACGCGAUGUGGUGGCGGAGCAUCACCCGGUCUCUGCGUCUACCCCCAUGUCCGGCGUGGAACCACCCAGGAGGGACAAAGGGAAGCAGCGGGCUGUCGUUCCUGCGCCGGAUUCGGACUACGCCAGUCGAGAUGUUGCCGAGGAUCUCGGGCAAACGUCCCGAUCUGCGGCCCAGUCUAGCGUGGAGCAGCGGAGGUGGGACAAGGAGAAACAGCGAGCCGUCGAUCCGAUGCCCAACUCCGCCUGGGAGGGCUACAACGCUGCAGGCAUGCCACCGCCGAUGGCAGGACGAAGCAGAGAGCGGGAGAGAAGGAGCUCGCGUGAGCAGUCGGUCCCGCUUGUGCAGGAUGGCGCACAGAUUCCGCCGAUACAACGGAGUCUGGGAACAUAUCCACGAGGGAUACUCCGGCCGUCAGGGUCGUCCCAUCCCGCCGCUCAGACUCGCGCUCGGCCGCCCGAACCUAUACAUCCCAACGACGCAUGGGGUGGGCCGGCUGACAGGGUGGACUACGCGACGAACAAAACACGACAUCCGGAGGGCUACGAGCGGUUUCAACCACCAAAUUAUGUUGCGCUUGCAUGGCCGUUGGACAAGUUCAUCGAACACCCCGACAAUCCCGAGGACUGGAAGCCCCAGCUCCAGUGGGACAUCGGACACGACCCGGGCGACCCAGCUAACGUCUGCACAAAUCGGGACCACACCGCCGAAUGGUUCCCGAUGCAGGAGGACUACCGCAGCAUGCCGGUCUCCCCGCUGCUUGUUGUGACGGAGAUGACGAUCGACUGUCCGCGGGUGGGAAGGAUCUACGUGCGCACCGGCGAGCUGUUGCGCGUCAUCGACGUGUUCAAGGCGAUCUACGACGUGUACCAUCCGUGCACCGGGAUCCUGGAGCCGCUGAUGCACUCGGACCCCUGGAUCAACAGCCACAAUAUGUUCUUUACGUGGUGGUCGCGGUGUGAGAACACGGAGGAUCGCGCAAAGGAGGUCGAGCGGGGCCUGCGGGAGGUUGAUCUGCUGGAGGAUAUCCGUAUGUUUGUCGGUCUGGAGCAAGUCGGGGAUCGCGAGUGGAAGCUGUUGUUGACGAAGGUCUGGGCUUGGCGCCGGAAGCCACCGGGUCAGUAUCAAACGACGCUGUAAAUGACGCUGUAAAUGAUUUCAUUGGGUGCAUCGCGUAGAUAUAUUUUCUGUCUGGGCUGUCCUACAACUUAUGUUGUUUUGACUGGCUUUUCGAUUAAUUAUGUAUCGAUCUCAAAUCAGCCCAGAGUUCUACAUCCUGGCUACUCGGGGAAAGCGGAGAGUUUGCACGUGAUUCUAGAGUAACUUCACGAGGGACAUACACGUUACCGAUUGGAGAAUCCAACAAAAUCCUGGAUACAAUCAUACCGCCGUGCGUGCUAAGUAACUAACCCCCGUGACCGCCAUGGACUCUUCUCAGAUGGGGAUAGAUACCCAGUUUCCCAUCUCCAUCGCGGAAAGUCUCCAUACAAAUCCAGCAAAUGUGCGUCCGACAAAGCACACACUGCAUGUGAUUGCAGCCCCCGUCCUUCUCGAUAUCAGCAUGGCAGUUCGGGCACUGCUUGACCUCGUGCUCGGCUCGCCACUGAUUCAGCAGAGCGGUGUUGCCGGUGAGAUUGUCUUUGUGUUCGGCGCAGGUGAGGUCAUCGUGCCACUCGAUUUUGCAGGUGGUGCAGAUGCGCGCGAGACACGACGGACAUUGGAUCGCUGCGUUCUCCUCGUCCGAGUCGAUCCCGAUCGGGUAGACCAUCUGGCAGUCGGCCGACGGACAGUACUGGAAUUGUUGCGGAUGAGUGUUGAUGUGUGUCAGAAACGAGGUCAGAAGAAGCUCGUCUUCGGCGCCUGCAUCGAGCAGAGACCGGAUCGUUCGGUACGGUAUGGCGUGGCUGCAUGGGAUCGAUUUGCCGCCGUCAGAAAAGCUCCCUGCGACGCAAAGCCGAGGAGUAAAUUCAGUGCCGCUUGCGGGCUUGAUGUAAUGUUGGAUGCAGGUCCGACAGUAGGCAUGUCCGCAAUCGAGCUGCACCGCAUCCUCUAUGUCGCAGAGACACACGGGGCAGCUGAGGUCCAAGAUGGGUCCUGCGUCUUUCGCAAUGGUCCCAUCCAGAGCAUUCAGCGCCGUGCGCAAUCGGCCGAC